CUCGCAGCCUGGGCGUCCGUUUAAAACCGGCCAGCGCUUCUACGCAAAUUCUGCUCCAACUUCAACAACAGAAUUCCAGCAGCCGCAGUUACGACAACGUCCCCCAGUUCCACUGUUUUCCAGCUCUAGCAAUAACAUUCCACAUCAACAGAACAACGCAAAUAUGGCAGGUAGGCUUCGCACCUUCCGCGAGUCUGACUGCGAGCUCACCUUCCCCGCAGACCUCAACAGCAACAACUCGUUCGAUUCGGGCGCAAGCCUGAUGCCCACUUUCCAGAACGAGUGGUCCAUGGACCCCAUGUCUACAUUCACGGCGAUCAACAACCACUCCUUCGCCGCUGGAUCUACACGGACCGUAUCUCCCAAAGACAUCUUUGCUGAUCCCUUUGGGCUCGAUUCCCUUGGAUCUGCUCCUCCAUCUGCGGCGUUCACAAACUUGACUUCUCCCGAUCUUAAUGACUCUCCGUUCAUUGACCCCUACGACUGCUCUCCUGCAUUCCACGGAGAUAGCCUGAGCUCCGAAUGGCCCUCCUUGUUCCCCGACGAAGAGUCUAGGGUCAUUGAGACUGUUCGCACGGCUGCACCUGUCCCUCUUCCCAUGGAACGUACUAUCAGCAACCAGUCGAUGGAGCGAUCCAGCUCCUCCAGCAACGGCUCCCCCUACAUUUUGAACGGCUCAUUUGGAAGGAAGUCCUCGAUCACAAACUCACCUGUCACAAACGGCAUCAGCAAGUCUCGUCGUCGAAAGGGUCCCCUCCCUGCGAUUGUCCCUGACCCUCAGGAUAAGAUUGCCUACAAGCGAGCUCGCAAUACUCUUGCUGCCCGUGAGUCUCGACAGAGGAAGUUUGCCCAUGUCGAGGAUCUUGAGAGGCGCAAUUCCGAGCUUGAGGCUGAGAUUGAAAAAUGGAAAAAUAUUGCUCUGGCUCAUGGUUACAGUGAAUCAUGA